AUGUGGUCGCAGCCUCCCCCGGCGCCAAUUCCCUGCACCUCCCUCUGGAGAUCCAGUCCACUGACAACGCAGUCCAGCUCUCCCUCAGCGGGUUGGUUGACUGUGGCGCUACAUUGGAAUUCAUUGACUCCACCUACGCAUCUGAAAACUGACUUCCGGGCCAACAGCUCUCUCAGCCCAUCCCAGUUUACAAUGUGGACGGCAUGCCAAAUGAAGCCGGUUCCAUUUGACAAGUGGCUGAUGUGGUCCUGUGUUACCAAGGACACAGUGAGCGGGUCCAGCUCGCUGUCACUCGGCUUGGCAAGCAGAAGUUGA